AUGCCUCUUACGAUCAUCGUCUGCGGUGGGGGCGUCGCCGGUCUCGCUGCGGCUGGCUACUUGCGCGCGCACCAUCAAGUGACGGUUUUGGAGCGCGGGGAGCUCGACUUCCGCACCGACGACUACGGCGUGUGCAUCGCGUCCAACGCACUCGGCUUGCUUCAAAAUGUGGGGUUCGACGUCGACGCCCUGGAUGCGGUGCCGAUGACGCACCUGUGGCUCCGCACCAACCAGAACGAAGACGUGGACACCUUGGACGGUUCCGGCUCCAGCGCCCAAGGAGGCGGCGAGAAGAGAGCUGCGUGUGUCGUGGCGAGGAAGGCGAACGUGCUGAGCGAGCUCCUGAAGCUCGCCACGUCGAGGCGGUUCGCGGGCGAGCCUGCCCGCAUCGUGGCUGGGGCGACCGUCGUCCGCGUCGACGUCCGCGCGGGGGCCGUGACGACGCAGGACGGCGCGGAGUUCCGCGGCGACGUGAUCGUCGGCGCAGACGGGGUCGGGUCCCUGGUUCGGACGAGCAUGAUGCGGGCGCUGGGCUCGCCCGCGCCGCCGCCCGUCAAGCACGGCCUGCUCGCCUUCGUCGCGCCCGUGCCCGUGUCCGCGCUCGGCGGCGAACCCAGUCUGGCCUUCAUGGCGGCGCCGGAGGCGCGGACGGGCCUGGCCAGCUUCCAGGGCGACGCCCGGCUAGGCUCCCGUCAGCACGUCCUGCUGUACCACAAGUCCACCGCCGAGCUGCAGGUCGUCGGGUACGCGGACGAGAAAGAGCUCGGCGUCGAGUUCGACGCGCACAACGCCGCGGUACUCAGAGGCGUCGCCCCGCAGAGGGUCGUCGACGAAUUUGAAGGUCGGUUCACCGACGCCGUGUGCCGCCUGUUUUCGCACGGCCCGAUCGAUGCAUGGCGUGUACGCGACCUUGACCCUUUGCCCACCUGGACCGUCGGCAAGGCAGUCCUUAUCGGGGACGCAGCGCAUGCAGCGACGCCGCACGCCGGCCAAGGUUGCAACAUCGCCAUCGAGGAUGCGGAGGCACUCUGCUAUCUGCUGAGGUGUGCCCGCGACCCAGGUCCGCAUCUCUCGUGCGUUCUGAAGCAGUUUUCGGACUACAGGAAGCCCAGGGCCGAGUUCGUUGCAAGGUACUCGAGACAGGUCGGAUGUGUUCAGUCGGACAGUGACAAAGCGAGGGGAGAGAUUGCGGAGGACGAUGUUGCCGUGGCCGUGUACAGGUAUCAGGGAAUCGACGCGGCUAUGAAACAGGUCGCGGCCUAUUUUCGAGACGUAACUUAAGUCAUUGGCCCCAGAUAUACACAACCGAGCCAGUCGAUUUGAACAGGCACGGUGAAUCCGCAUAGUGUGUUCCCUCUAUGCCAUGCUUGAGUGAGUGUUGGCCAGCAAGAUCUGGUCGAUGCAAGUGACCAUUCGUCGUCACCAACUUCAACAACAUGCACGCGACAGUAAAAAGCGCGAAUCGCGACGUGGGUUCUACGAUCACCGAAAUUGGCGCGUCAGUUUCGCAUCAGCUUCAUCAACGUCCCUGGCGAGUGCUUGACGCCUCGAUUGUUAGACGUCAUCAUGACCUUGACAGUUGCAUGAGAGCAGUAAGCAGCGCACAAGCUGGGCAACGGAUGUUUUGUAUUUAGCAGCGC